CUCUCUCUCUCUCUCAUUUUGGAAAUGCAGAAAAAGUUCAUUGCUUGAUACUUCAAUCAAGAGGGUCUUUUUGAUCAAGAUGCCUACAAGAACAAAAGAUGGCACUGGUCAUGGAAGGGAAAAGAGCAGCAUUUCCCCUUCAACACCCCAAAACAUCGACGCCCAGCAUGGGAGGACUCCCAGAUCGUCUUCCAAAUCAUCGGUAUCUGGUUUGCCGGGCAAAGACAGUUCAACCUCAUCAGAAAAACCAGUCCCACAUUAUCUCAAGCCGACAAUAAGCUCCACCCUUGAAGCUCACAAGAUUGUGAAGAAACCAGCAUCUGAAGGUCCAACAACAAAGAGCCUGACUACUAGAAGAUCCUUCGAAAAGCCUCCAUCUCCAUCUCGAACUCCAAAAGCACCUCUCUCCACCGGUUCCAAAGAGAAACAGCUCAAAAUGUCGCUUUCCUUGCCUAAAACUUCCAGUUCCACAAAACCAAUCUUGGGUAAGAUGGUUAGAACUGCUGGAAAGGCAAAGAGCACGAGGAAGGAGGUGGGAAUUCCAAAGAAAAAAGAAACCAAAGCAACUAGUACUUCUACUACUACUAGCACUAGUCAUGAAGGAGAAGAGAAAGAAGUGAUCCACGACGUUACGGUAGAGGAAUUGAAAGCAGAUGACGAAGAACAUGCCCAAGUGGAAAUUCCUAUGGUACAAGAUCAAACACCUGACAAUGCCAAAGAUGCUGAUCAGAAUAUUUUGAACAAAGCUUGCAAUGCUUCACCGUCAUUAGAUGAACAUGAGGUGGGCACCACUGACGAAGAAGUAGAUGAGAAGAUCGACGAAAACACUGAAGGCGAAGGCGAUCAUGAAGUCAAAGAAGAAGAAGACAGAAGUGAUGGAGAGCCCAACCACCAACACUUUGAAGAAAGUCUAGUCCGUGAAGAUCACGAAGUGACAGACAAAGAGCAUGGAGAGGAAGGUGUCGACAAGAAGCUGAAGAUUGAAAUUAAAAAAGUCAUAACCAAUCCAGAAGAUGGUGAUGGCAAAGAUAUCGACAAUGCAGGCAGCAACGAGCAACACGAUGGAGACAUGGAAGGCUCACCUCACAAUACAAAUGCGACACCGAAGCACACAGACAUUCGAGGGAAGAAAGAGGUGCCACAGGCAUACAACGACGUGAUCGAAGAAACGGCAAGUAAGCUUGCAGGGCAGAGGAAGAGUAAGGUGAGGGCACUGGCCGGGGCAUUUGAGACCGUUAUUUCAUUACAAAACCCAGAAGGAUGAGGUAAUUAAAAAUCACGACAAGCUGCCCCCGGUGUAUUGUAGCAAGAACAUGGCUAAUGGCGAUUUUAACGAAGAGAUUCAUCGAAAAAAUGGUUUUUUCGGGUUGGUUCUAACAUGCACUUGGAGAUCAUGAUGUGAUCUAAUGUCACACUUGAGCAUGUAGGCCAAAUUUCAGACUUCAUCUACACAUAUUUUGCUUUGAUUUUAUUAAUAUAAAGGAGUUGUUCUGAUUGUAUUAAUCAUCUCCUUGAAUUCCGUAAGGGCCUGUUUGGGUGCCACUUAAAGAUGCAUUCAUCUCAUCUGAUUAUGCAUCCAUUGUUAUUUUAUUUUUACUUAAUGAUGUAGACAGUAUAUUUCCAUGUAUGGUGA